AUGAGCUAUGCAAAACAAUCCAAAACUGAUAAAAAAGAUCAAGACUUUUUUAUGGACUUCAAAUCAAAAACAUUGUCAAACUUGAAUAAAAACGAUUCUACAAUAGAAAAUUCAAUUAUUAUUGAAAAAUUUAGAAUUGUUGCGCUAGCUCAAAAUGCAACUACUCGACUGGAAAAAUCAAUUCGAAAUAAGCAAUCCAGAAAACCACCGGUACCAUCACGUUAUGUAUUCAUAAAAGUCAAUAAUGAUAAAACAAAAUUAAAACCAUUAACUAACAAGAACGAUACUCUUUCAUUAAUAGUUGAAAAUAAUGAAGAAGAUAUUAUUCUUCCUGUCAUUGAUAAUAUAAUAGCAACUAAACAACAGCCAGAUUUAGAAAAAUUAAAUAGUCAAAAAAAUCUAUUUAAUCAAAUUAAAUCUUUGAAUGAUGAUACAAUCAUUAGUAAUCAGGGUGCCAUAACAGAUAUUACUAACACUCCUAAUUUAUUAAUAUUUCGUAGUAAUCGUUUUAAAACAAAGAAAAUAGAAAUUGAAACGGAAGAAAACGAUGAAAAUUCAAUCACAAAUCAAGAAACAUUGGAUUUAUUAGUCAAAAUAAAAGACAGUACAAGUGCAAUAUCUAUUGGUCCAAUGCCAUUAUCAUUACAAGCUUGUCGUUUUGAAUUACCAUAUGAUUUAAAAUUACUUGAAAAGAUGACACCACUUGAUUAUCUCACUAAUUACUGUCGUUUAUCAUCACGUCGACAAUAUCAAUUUAAACGUUUAUUUAGUAGAUAUCGUAAUAAACAUUAUCUUUUUGAAUCAUCCGAUUUAUAUUUAUCAAUAGCUUCUAUACAUAAAGAAAAUUUUAAACGUAUACAUUUUAAUCAUCUUUGUCAAUUAAUUGAUUUAGAUAAUCAAGAACGUGAAUUUAAAUUUGAAACAUAUGCUGGUAUAUUAGCAUUAUGUGAACGAAUUAUAUUUUAUUCAUCAAAAUUAUAUAAUGAUUAUGAUGAUAUAUAUUUAACAAAACAUGCAAUAGAAAGAUGCGAUUUUGAUGGUUUAAGUAGAAAACUUGAUGGAUUAGCUAUUCGUGAUACUAUGAAACGACUGUUACAAGCACUGUAA